AUGGGUGAUAGACCACCAAAACGGCGUUUGCAUUCAAAUGUCAAGCGAGAAUGGCGUUCACAUAGACGAAGAAAUAUGAUUCAAAAUGUUUUUCAAUCAGCAAGUAUUGUAGAUACCUUUGAGACAACAAAUACCAGCGAAGAAGAAACAAGUUUUCAUCGAGAUCAUGAAUCAAUGGCUGAUUAUUAUGUAAAUCAACGUUCUUCUUCAUGUUCUGUUUCUUCAGAAACAGAAAAAGAAGAAGAGUCUGAUUUCGAACAUUUUGGAAGUAAUACUAAUGUAAAUUAUGAUAGUCAUCGUGAUGCUGAUGAAGAUGAUGACAUAGAAGAUUUUAUUAGUAAAAUAAUAAAUGAAGAUCAAAACAAAUCAACACCAUUAUAUGAUGGAAGUCCCAUAUCCGUACAUGAAGCUUGUGUUCAUCUAAUUCAAUUAUCAAAUUCACUAAAUCUCAACAAAAAUCGAUUACAAAUUCUACUCAAAGAACUUCGCUUUUUCUUUCCUUCUGAAUGUCGUCUUCCCAAAACUGUCUUUACAUUGUUCAAAUUAACAGAUAAUGAUGAUCAUCCACAAGUAUCUACUCAUUGUGUAGAAUGUAGCGAGAUUUUAAUCAAACUUGACCAAAAAAAAUGUUCAAAUGCGUGUAGCUUAAAUGGUAAAUAUCGUUCUUAUUCUCAAAUUGCCGAAUUAGCUAUUAUGAAUGUCGAAAAUGAAAUAAAACGAGUUGCUAAACGUUACAUUCAUUUAAUCAAUGAAUAUCCUAAACAAGCUGUGCAUUUGUGUCCUUCAGAUCAUAUCAACGAUAAAUCGGUAUGGUCUGUUCAAGCCACUAUUGCUGAAAUACCUCCACAGCCGAAACGCAGCCGUUUUGGCUGUCCACCACUACGAGAUUCUAAGUCGGCUGUGAUGCUGUUUGGUGCCUGGCUUGCAGCAACAAAACCGCCACGUGAUUGUUUGCUUGCUCCUAUUGUUAUACAACUAGAAACACUGAUGAAAUCUGGAAUUAAUUUGAAACAAAAUGAUGGUUCUACUUGGUCGUAUAAUCUCCGUAUUCAACAAGCUAUUUUCGAUUUACCAGCUAGAGCGCAUUCUCUAAAUGUUGUUCAAUACAAUGGUUAUGAUGGUUGUGCUGAUUGUUGCAUUAAAGAUGAGUACUUAUUUCGAUAUCAAUAUUGUUUCAUAACGUUUGUGUUUCUAGGUGUGGCGAUAGGUCGGCAAGUGUAUUUUCCUUUUUCCAAGAAGCGUGAAAAGCCAAAAGACCAUCAGUUUUAUUUAAAAAAUGCUAAACUUGCUUCAGAUAAAAAACAGUUGCUUGGUGUUGAUCGUUUAUUUUCUUUAUAUUGUGAAUCUCUUUCUACUCUUUAUUCGAAACGUUCAGAGCUAGCGACUAUUCAUUAUCACUGUCAUCUACUUUCACAAGUUCACUAUCAUGGUGCUCUAUGCUUUACUUCAUGUUUCGCUCGUGAAUCGUAUUUAUCACAUGUACUGAAUUGGUGUAAAGGCACCAGGUACGUGCUUAGUCAACUUGUUACAUGGUAUAAUAUAUCUCAAAAUGUUCAUAAAUCUAAUUCAAUUUCUCUUCCCGAUAUUUUUUCAAAAGAAUCUUUUUCUCCAACGUAUGUCGAUAAUAAUUUUAUUGCAUCUAUUCAACGUGAUUUUCUGGAACGUUUGCAACCAUUUUCUGUAUCAUCAUCAGAUUGUACAUUUUUUUCUCGCUAUUUUCGCGGCUUCGUUAGUUUUCAUUCCGUUUCUUAUGCGCGUCGAGGUAAUUCAAUUGGCCAUUUUGUAUCUAUUCGAUCAUCGUUGUGUUCAAAAGAUAAAAUUUGUAUUGCGUCUGUUCUUUUUUAUUUUUCCGUGCUUCAUCAGCAUUAUGCAUUUGUAAAAGUUUAUCCAUGUAUUUUGCGAAGUUUAUUAUCUGUUUUACAACGAUCUGUUCCACCUCUACUAGUUUUCCAAAAAAAAAAUAAACAUUCAAUUAUUGCAAAACACCAGGUGACCAUUGAUACAAUUGAUGAACAAAAUGGAACUGUUCGAUCAUCAGGCUUUGUUCAACCAGUACGCAUCAUUGCUGAAGGUAGUUGUGUUAAAUGUCGGGAAAGAGCUUCUCAAUUUAGUCGUGAUACUGGUAGCGAAGAAGUAGAUGUAAGUCAUGGUAAUGAUGAUGAAGAUGAACUAGUUGAUGAGAACCACAUUUAUACAACUCAGAAUUUCUGUGACAAUGGUAAUAAUCAACAUUCACCAUCGACAACAAGUAAGGAAACAGCUCUUCCGACUAUACAUAUUCAUUUUUUUCUUUCAGAUGCUCAGCAGAUGUCCGAUGUCAUUGAAUCUGCUCUAGAUUUUCGUGUAGUCACUGGCUAUAAGCAUAUAGGAAAUACAACGAUAUGUUUGGCAUCCGAACGUGAUCAUGCGAUGAGUGGUGACGCAGGAUAUAAGACACAAACCAGUCAAAAUAAAAAUGAUAUAGAAAAAGAAACUGUUUUUAGUAAUACUUUAUCACCGAGACCAUUACUAAUUGACGAACAUGCGAUUGUCCAAGAAAUAAAUCAAGAGAACUCAAAUAUUGUCUCAAAUGCUCGGGACGAAGCGAGUGAUAGCUGUGAACAAGAAGAUGAUGAGCUGCCAUUACAAAAUAAAUCAACUAAAAAAAACGAAAAAGAGCGGUGUGAUCUAGAAUUUGCUAAUCUUUUUUUCUAUAAUAAGAAUUUAUCGAACAUUAUCAAUCAAUUACCUGCAUCAAGAUCACCGCCACCGCCUGAGCCAGAAUUUGUGCUUGGGGUUGAUAUUAGUAAUUUUUCCUAUGGAUUUGACGAACAUACACGAUUGGUUAGGCAAAUCUUCCGCACUGCUGGCUACACGUCGAAUCCAAAUGCUGUGCUUAAUGAUGAAGAAAAAGUAAACGAGCUGAAAAAUUUGAUGAAAAAGCGUGAUAAAACCUUGCGAAACGAUGAAAACUUAUUAACUGAUGCAUGGCAGACAGUAAAAGAGUCAGUUCGUCAGCUCAAACAUGAUGAUAAACGGAACAAACUAUUUAAAACAAUUAGAACCUCCAAUAUCAAUAUCAACAACAACAAUACUAACGACAUCAGCACAUCUCCAUAA